GCCCUGUCAGAUUGUGGCGGCCGGCCGUGCGGUGCGCUCCUUCGCUGCAGCCUGGACAAGGCGACUUGCUCGCGGGCACACCCCUACGUCCCCCCGGCGCCGCUGCCUCAGCCCGGCUGUCUCUGCUCCUCCCUGCCGGCCGCCGCGCGCUCGCGGGGAUAUGGCACACGCACCGGCACGCUGCCGCGGCGCCCGCGGCUCCGGGGACGGCGAAAUGGGCAAGCCCAGGAAGGUGGCGCUCAUCACUGGCAUCACGGGCCAGGAUGGUUCAUACUUGGCUGAGUUCCUGCUGGAGAAAGGCUACGAGGUCCAUGGAAUUGUACGGCGAUCCAGUUCAUUCAAUACAGGUCGAAUUGAACAUCUGUAUAAGAACCCCCAGGCUCAUAUUGAAGGAAACAUGAAGUUGCACUAUGGUGAUCUCACCGACAGUACCUGCCUCGUGAAGAUCAUUAAUGAAGUAAAGCCUACAGAGAUCUACAACCUUGGAGCCCAGAGCCAUGUGAAAAUUUCUUUUGACCUGGCUGAAUAUACUGCAGAUGUUGAUGGAGUUGGCACUUUACGGCUUCUGGAUGCAGUUAAGACCUGUGGCCUUAUCAACUCUGUGAAGUUCUACCAAGCCUCGACAAGUGAACUUUAUGGGAAAGUGCAAGAAAUACCCCAGAAGGAGACCACUCCUUUUUAUCCUCGGUCACCGUAUGGGGCAGCAAAACUCUAUGCCUAUUGGAUAGUGGUGAACUUCCGUGAGGCAUAUAAUCUCUUUGCAGUGAAUGGCAUUCUCUUCAAUCAUGAGAGUCCUAGAAGAGGAGCUAAUUUUGUUACUAGAAAAAUUAGCCGGUCAGUAGCUAAGAUUUACCUUGGACAACUGGAAUGUUUCAGUUUGGGAAAUCUGGAUGCCAAACGAGAUUGGGGCCAUGCCAAGGACUAUGUAGAGGCUAUGUGGCUGAUGUUACAGAAUGAUGAGCCGGAGGAUUUUGUCAUAGCUACUGGAGAAGUCCAUAGUGUCCGGGAAUUUGUAGAGAAAUCAUUUUUGCACAUUGGAAAAACCAUUGUUUUCUUUCCUCUGGAUCUUCUUUGGUCCCCAUACAUCAGCAUACCAAUCUCAGCUGGAAGGAGAGCAGGGAAGCCACAGGCAAUCCCAUGUGCUGGGGCCGGGCUGCUCCUCGGGAUCCAGAGGCCCUGCCGCAGCUGUGCAGUUUUGACAGGGCCAGCGAGUCCUUCUUGGAAACAGUGUUCACACAGUCAGAAACCAGGCAGGAACGAGCAAAGAAAACACACUGAGAUCUGAACACAGCUGUAGAAGGCCAAGGAUAGUGUUGUACUUCAGUAACUUACAGUUUUAUUACAAUUUGGGGAAAUAUGCUUUUCUAGACCUUUAGGAGUGCAUACUCCUUCUCCUAAGGAUGCUGUUUUAAUUUCUUUAUUUCACAACAUAGUCGAUUAUAUUCCUAAGACAUUCAUACUUAUCUGUACAUAGCGUGGCAUAACAUCCUGUGCCAUAAGAGCACAGUCCCAGUGCCACCUUCCCUGGGUUUGAAUUCCCACUCUGCAACUUCCUAGGGGAGUUAUUUAUCCUCUCUGUAUCUCCAUUUUCCCCACUUAAAAUGGGGAUAAUAAGAGUACCUACCUCACAGGGAUGGGGUAAAGAUUAAAUGGGUCAGUAUACGGGAAGCACCUAAAACAGUGCCUGAUAUAACCUAAGCUCUAUAUAAGUACUUGCUAUUGAUGAAAUGGAUAAUUGAUUGAAAACAACAUUUGUCAACAGUGAAUACAAAGGAUAAAUAAAAUGUGGAAACAAUAAGAUCGGGCAACUGAUUAUAUGUUUGGGGACAAGAAAAAGUAAAGAAAGUCACACUAACGUUUCAUGCUUGUGUGACCGGAAGGAACUUAAACAUAGACAGUCAGCAGAGAAAGGCAGUUGCAGGAGGAAGAACAAGCUUGCUCUGUUGUAGUUAGAGGUUGUGGAUCUAAUGAGGUCUAAUCAUCUCUAACACCUCACUCCUUCUGAGAAGUAGUUGUCCAUUUAUCAGAAUUAGAACACCUUUUUGCUGAAUCUAUCUCCUGUAGAGCAGUGGUUCUCAAACUUUAAUGUUCUGUGAAUCGCUUGGGGAUCUUGUUAAAAUGCAGAUUUGAAAUCAGUAGGUCUGAGCAGGAACUGAGAUUCUGAAUUUCUAACAGGAUACCAAGUGAUGCCAUUGCUGCUGGUCCACAGACCACACUUUAAGGAGCAAAGCCUGAGAGAAUUAUAGAACCUCAAGUUUGAAAUGAACCUUGACAAUCACUGAUUUCACUCCCUUAUCACUUUCUACCUUGUUUUUAGUCAUCUGUGACUUUACCUUCCCUGGUAGACUUGACAUACGGCUCCUUAGGGGCAGAAUCUGGUUUUAGUUCCUUUCUGUACCUUUCAUUCUGCCCAAAAUAGUGUCCGACAUUUGGUAAAAUAAAUUGAGGUUUUAAUGAAUCAGUAAUGGAAAAAGAAUUUUUGAAAGUUGGAGAAUUUGAUUUUAGGGUUUUUUUUAGGGGGAAGUAUUUGCUUAAAAAUGAAACGACAAAAAUUCCAGAGCUUCCCAUGAGAUCAGGUUGGUGAGUGCCUACAGCUGGUUUAGUUCCUUUUCUUCUUCUUUCCUUCUAUUCCUCACAUCUCCAGUAUUCGUAAGAUCAUUUAAAUACUCAUUGAAUUUAACUGCAGUUGGAUUGAAUUUAUCAUCUAAUAAAUUGAGGUAAAAAGAAUUCUCUGGACUUUCCAUUUCUGCCAUUAAUAAGUUCAGGAAUGCUCUCAGAUGAGAUGAAGACAUCUAAAAAGCCAAGAGUCAUAUCU